CCUCUCUAACCACCGCCUCUUUCUCCAACUGCACUGGGACAGAUUUAUGCCUCAGCUUUUUUUAUUUAUGAACACCAGUCCACCCUCCGCCUUCAGGACGGUGUGACCGCGUCAAUGAAGUGUGAAGACGACAUGGGAAGGACCGUGUACCCGAGAUGACCGAGGAUUUGGUCCGAAUAAUCUUUUUGUCGCCAGAGAGGGAAACUUAAAACAAGGCUUGUUUUUGGACUUCCACCUCCCCUCCUCUCUCCCCGUAGGAUUUGAUUCAAAGGCGAAAACCAAGAUGGCCGCCGACUCCGUGCAGGGGGAUUCCAGGGGCCAGCUGGUGGCGGAGCGUCUAGGUCUGGGACACAACCUGGACCUGUCCGACACCAUGGUUCAGCAGAAGCUGGACGAGAUAAAGGAGCAGAUUCGCCGCGAGAUCCGCAAAGAGCUGAAGAUCAAAGAAGGAGCCGAGAACCUGCGCAAGGUCACCACAGACAAGAAGAGCCUGGCUUAUGUCGACAACAUGCUGAAGAAAUCCAACAAGAAGGUAGAGGAGCUUCACCAGGAGCUGCAGGAGCUCAACGCCCACAUCGUGGUCAAAGACCCCGAGGAACUGCUAGAUUGCCCUCUGACCCCAGAUACCCCUAACAGCGAGGCGAGGAUGUGCAGCAGCAGCCGCCUGGCCGCCCUGAAAAGACAGAAUGACAUUGAGCUCAAGGUCAAACAGGGAGCUGAGAACAUGAUCCAUAUGUACUCCAACGGGCCCUCUAAGGACCGUAAGUUGCUAGCGAUGGCGCAGCAGAUGCUUCAGGACAGCAAGACGAAGAUCGAGUUCAUCAGGAUGCAGAUCCUCAAGUCCAGCCAGGCCAGCGAGAUGAGCUUCGAGAACAACGAUGUGAUGGACAAGCCCAUCAUCAGCCCGCUGGACCUCCGGGUGGAGGAGCUGUGUCACCACGCCAAGAUCGAGUCGGCUGUAGCAGAGGGGGCCAAGAACGUCAUGAAACUGCUGGGCACAGGGAAAGUCACAGAAAAGAGAGCGCAUUCAGAGGCCCAGGCUCGUUUUAAUGAGUCCAGUCAAAAGCUGGACCUCCUGCGAUACUCCUUGGAGCAACGCCUCAUGGAGCUGCCUAAAAACCACCCUCGCAGCAGCAGCAUCAUGGAGGAGCUGUCCCUGCUGUCCUCUCCUGUCCUCAGUCCCAGAUCCAGCAUCAUCUCCACACAGAACCAGUACAGCACUGUGACCAAGCCCGCAGCACUCACAGGCACGUUAGACGUCAGGCUCAUGGGCUGUCAGGACCUUCUGGAAAAUGUCCCGGGCCGUUCCAAAGCAGCUUCUGUCCCUCUGCCGGGCUGGAGCCCCAGCGAGACACGCUCCUCCUUCAUCAGCCGAGCAAACCGCAACCGCAGCGUGAGCUCCCGGAACCUAACGAAGAGCGAGGAGCUCUCCAAUGAGAUCAGCGCAGUGCUGAAGCUGGACAACACGGUAGUCGGCCAGACGAGCUGGAAGUCAGUCAGUAACCAGGCCUGGGACCAGAAGUUUACAUUGGAGCUGGACCGGUCUCGUGAGCUGGAGAUCUCGGUGUACUGGAGGGACUGGCGCUCGCUCUGCGCCGUCAAGUUCCUGAGACUCGAGGACUUCCUGGACAACCAGCGUCACGGGAUGUGUCUGUACCUGGAGCCACAGGGGAUGCUGUUUGCUGAGGUUACAUUUUUCAAUCCUGUCAUCGAGAGACGACCAAAGCUACAAAGACAAAAGAAAAUUUUCUCGAAACAGCAAGGUAUAACCUUCCUGCGGGCCCCUCAGAUGAACAUCAACAUCGCCACCUGGGGCCGCCUGGUGAGGAGAGCCAUACCCACCGUCAGCACCAACUCCUUCAGCCCGCAGGCGGUUGAGACCGGGACCGGCAGCGUGCCGGGCUCCCCCACACCCUGCAGUGACCCGCUGGUGACCAAGCUGGACUUUGACAAAGAGCCCACCCCAGGAACCAAACACUACCCCGCACCUGACGACCUUCGAGAACCUCUGGUGCAGGACAAGAUGCCCGACAAGGAGGAAGUGCAGGACGCCCUGGCCUCCUUUGACUUCCUGAACAAGAGGAACAGCAUGGCUCUGAAGCCGGAGCUGGACAGGGUGGUGGAGCAGGUGAUGCAGCACCCGGAGCUGGAGCUCAUCGCCCUGCAGAAGGACACAGAGAUAAGGGAAGAAGAGCAGUUCCACUUCAGUCUCCAAGACUUCAAAUGUGUGGCAGUCCUUGGACGUGGUCACUUUGGAAAGGUGUUGUUAGCAGAAUAUAAGAGCACAGGAGAGAUGUUCGCCAUCAAAGCUCUGAAGAAAGGAGACAUUGUGGCGCGAGAUGAGGUGGACAGUCUCAUGUGUGAGAAGAGGAUCUUUGAGGCGGUGAACAGCGUGCGCCACCCCUUCCUCGUCAACCUGUUUGCGUGUUUCCAGACGCAGGAGCACGUGUGUUUCGUCAUGGAGUACGCAGCUGGGGGGGACCUGAUGAUGCACAUCCACGCUGAUGUGUUCUCCGAGCCCAGGGCCAUAUUCUACGCAGCCUGUGUGGUGUUGGGGUUACAGUUUCUUCACGACCAUAAGAUAGUGUACAGAGAUCUGAAGCUGGACAACCUGCUGCUGGACACGGAGGGCUACGUAAAGAUCGCUGACUUUGGUCUUUGUAAAGAAGGAAUGGGCUUCAAGGACCGCACCAGCACGUUCUGCGGGACGCCGGAGUUCUUGGCCCCGGAGGUUCUGACUGAGACGUCGUACACCCGCGCCGUGGACUGGUGGGGGCUCGGAGUGCUCAUCUUUGAGAUGCUGGUCGGGGAGUCGCCGUUCCCCGGUGACGAUGAGGAGGAGGUGUUCGACAGCAUCGUCAACGAUGAAGUCCGCUACCCACGGUUCCUCUCCACUGAGGCCAUCUCCAUCAUGAGGAGGCUCUUGAGAAGAAGUCCAGAGCGACGGCUGGGAGCCGGGGAGAGGGACGCAGAGGAGGUUAAGAAACAUCUAUUCUUCAGGAACAUGGAUUGGAACGGGCUGUUAGCGAAGAAGGUGAAGCCCCCGUUCGUGCCGACCAUCCAGGGCACCAACGACGUCAGCAACUUCGACGACGAGUUUACCUCGGAGGCCCCCAUCCUGACCCCGCCCCGGGAGCCCCGGCCGCUCAACUCGGACGAGCAGAACAUGUUCUCUGACUUUGAUUACAUCGCCGACUGGUGUUAGCUCCACCGGACCCCAUAAACCACAAACACUGUGAACACACCAACGCAGCGAGGACUGUAGCUCACAUCAUCUUUAAAAAAGUGUUCCUCGUCCAAAACGUCGAGGAGGAGCUGCGAGCUUUCGGGCAAGAACUCUGUGCCAUUGAGAAGAAGCUCCACAUGUUUUUUAAUCCACAUGAAGAACUUUUUUUUUAUUAAGAAAACAAGAGAAACUCUGUUGUCGGAGAGUGAAGGAGGAGGGAUGCUUCGUCCUCCUGCGCAUGUCUUCGUGUCCAUUGUCUGACCACUGAGAAUGUUUUUCAUAUGAACUCCGAGGAGACGGCAUCACAAUCAUGUUAUCCAGUGUCGCUGUCGUCAGUUAUUUUGGAUCUGUACAGAUUAUAUUCAGUCAUAUAUAUUUUAUGGUCGUGUUAUGUUCCUCUUCUUUACUUGCAAAGCCCUCACCAUCAUUUAAGUACGUUUUAUUUCAAAAGUUCACAUUUCUGCCGGCUGUUCAGUGGAUUUAAAGUGCUCAAAGCAUUCUCACUGAGCUACACACAUCCUGACUACUACUGCUGCUUCCUCACUUGAAAUCAAAGGAACAGUCUUUACACUACAUUUCCUUUUUGUCCUGGAACCGGUCUCUGUCCAAAAUCAGUUCUCUUGUUUGUUUAGAUUCCUUUUCUGCAAAACCCACAUAACAAAUUCUAUUCAGUUAAAAACAGCAGUGUAACGUGCUACUUCAUACUAAUAACCAACACUUGGUUUUAUUUGUUAAAUUCAAAUGAAUAAAAAAAAUUAGGACUUUAGAAGAAGCGUUUGUUGAGAAGAGCUUAUGCUAAAGAUUAUUCUGUCUGUUUCUGCUGCCUCCUAGUGGCUCAAUAGACAUCCAACUAAUAUUCAUUCAUAUUUUCUUCUGGCGAGAGUUUAGUUGUAUUUCAAUCUUUUUUUAUUUAAUUUUUCCUGAAUGAACAGCUGGUUGUAAAGAUCCUGACAGCAUUUUCUUGUUACCUCAGUCAAAGUGAAAGCACUAAAGUGAGUCGCUCAGUUAAAAGCUAACAAAACCAAAUGCGUCCUGUCCCUCUUGAAGCAGAAGACAAACUCCUCAUGGGUAAAGAAAACCUCUGAUGAUGAACCCAACGACAGAUGAAGCGAAGACAAUGGUGGAGUUGUUUUUCUGGGAACUUUAUAAACUGUUUCUGUGGACAUGCCAUUGAAAUGCUCCCACAGUGGAACCAGCUGGUGACUUGUUGCAUGUUCCAUAUAAGCAGAGGCCUGUUGAUAUGAAUCAAUACAGGGGAGGGCAGGUAUAUUAUAUAUACAUACUGUAUGUACACAAUUAAGCUGAGAGCACUAAUUUUAUCAAUAGUUUUUAAUUAUCUACGUUUCUUAAUGAAAAUAGAUUGUACAAAGUUUUUUUGUAUUCUUCGCUUGUGCAUGUUGCCAGAACAGAUGAAAAAGGUUAUGGAUGGUACACCAAUACUCAUGUCACAACUGCUCACCCUGGUGUAUAAAAAGAGGAAGUUGUUUCUGCAGUCGUUGCCCAUCAUGAUGCACAAAUUAAACAUUUGUAAUAGUGGA